AAGAGCUCUCUUCUCGCAAACGGAGAGUCUGUUGCUGGCAACGGACUGCUUACUUUGACGAAAUUCUCCACACAUUCAUACGGGAUAUCGGUAGGUCGAUUGAGGGCUUUGUACUUUGUAAAGUGCUUUGCUGAUUCUGAACAGACCGCUGACUGGAUCAUGGCCACAAUCAAUAAAGAGCUCAACAUUCACUCACAUUCUAUCGGAUCGAUAAUAUUUGCUAUCAUCCUACCGCUCCACUUCUACUUCGCUCUAUACCGCAAUGUGCCAGCAGCACAGCCAAUUGAUGCAGCAGUCUUCUUGCUAUACUUUGCUGGUGUUGCGUCGUGUUUUGCCGUUUCAGCAGCAUUUCAUACUGCAGGCAGCCACAGUCAAGCUGUACACAAGAGGUACAACAGAGCCGACUGCUGUGGCAUCGUACUGCUCAUGUGGGGAGCAAGUCUUGCAUCGAUUCAUUUCGCUUUCAUCUGUGAUGCUCGACUGAGAAGCCUACAUUGGUUCCUGACCUCCGCCAGUGCAACCGGAUGCAUCACCUUCAUUCUAGGACCCCUUUUCAUCCAACCGGCCUACAGAAGCCUCCGUGCACUUACCUAUCUUAGCCUGGGUCUCUUCGCCAUCGUCUUCAUCUUGCAUGGCAUCUAUCUUCACGGCUUUGCCCUUCAACGGCGAAGACUCUCAUUGGAAUGGAUGGGCUUGAUGGCUCUGCUCAACUUCCUUGGCUGUGCUGCAUAUGCUUUCCGCAUUCCGGAGUCCAAGUUCCCUGGCAAAUUCGAUUUCGUGGGCGCGUCGCAUCAGAUUAUGCAUGUUGCUGUCUUGGCGGCUGGAUUAGUGCAUUAUCACGGUCUUUCGAAGGCAUUAUUGGAAACACGGGGAGAUUUGGGACAAACUUGU